AUGACGAACCGUACAACUGACUCAUUCAAACCCUUCCCCGUGACCAAUACGUCACCAUCGGUCACUCUAGCACCCCCGGACCUCAACAUUCUUAUUACCCUUUUCACUCUCAUCAGGACCUCCAUCAUCCUCAUCCUCAUUAUUACCCUCUUCGCUGUCAUCAGCACCUCCAUCAUCCUCAACCUCAUCGCUAUUGGCGUCGUCGUCCAUAGGAAUCAUAUCUCUCCUGGCCAGCUGUACCUCGCCGUUCCCUCGUCCGACCAACAACGCCACCUGAUCUUCCUCCCAACCCCUGCUCCUCACUUUCUCCACUACUGCGUUUUUGAUUGGGUCGCUCCAUUGUCGAUACUCCAAAGGAUUUCAUCUUCCAACUCGAACAAUUCUACCCCCACCCCACCAAGCAGCUCACUCAUCGGAUAA